UCUAUAGCCGGCGUUAUCGUGAUUUGCUUGCGUUCGCGAUUUUCAGCAGAAAGCAAAAGAAGAAAAGACGACGACGCUAUUUUAAAAAGAUCUGCAAUUUUUUUUUGUCUCGCGCAAAAUCAGCGAUGGAUUCAUCUUCUCAUUACAAUCCGAGUUACGGCCAAUGGAAUUCUCCUUACUCUCCUCAUCCUCAUCCCCCUCCUCCUCCUCCACUCCUUCCUCCGCCGCCUCCUCGCCAAUCUUAUCCCGAUAGCCCUAAUUUCUACGUUCCAUCGACUCAUAACGGCGGGCAGCGUCACGAUUACCAUCACUACUCUCAUCGCCAAGAUCUUCCUCCCAAUCCGGCGGUUGAUUAUCCGUCUUCCUACUAUCCGCCACCGCCUCAGCAACAACAACAACAGCAUCAUCCGCCGCCGCCGCCGCCUCAGCAACAGCAUCAACCAUACAUCCCUCAGCAAGUUAGCUACGAGUCUCAAAGGGUUUCGCAGCCGUCGUCGUCGUCGACUAUCCUCCCAUUCACGGAAACUCGAGAUGUCUCUCAGUCUGCUUGGGUUGGUGGUUACAAGGAUAAACGAGUUGAUUCGUGGACAGAUUCUGGUAGAAGCCGAUUGGAUCCGAGUCCAAGACGUGACUAUCAGUAUGACUACGGCCGCUCGGUUAGGGAUCCGAGUCCAAGACGUGGUUUAGAUGGUAGUUCUACUAGGUCUAGAGAUGAGUUUCGUAGUAAUACUGGAUAUGUGAGAAAAGAAUCUAGGGUAGAAGGGAGUUAUCAAGACCGUGGUCAGUUGAAAGCAGAGUCCGAUAGGUGUUUUAGGGGUCUAGAUGAAGGUAAUAGGAGUCUAGCUUCGCGUGUUGGUUACGGUAGUGAUCGGUAUGGUGUUACGGUGAGUCGUGAUGUGGGUAGGUCAUCUGCUGCAAGUCAUGAAGGGACUAGAAACCAGAGGUUGGAUGAAGGGAGGAUUCUCUAUCCCCGGAAAAAGGAUGAGUACUAUCAAUCCGAGGUUGAACAGUAUUUUGACCGUGGAAGGGGAGAGGAGAGCAGUGAAUCGAAUCGAACACCCAGGAAACCAAUGCAGAAGAAGAGUGCUCUGCUUAGGCUUGAAACUCCAAGAAACCAUCAGAAGGGUAGAGAGAAUGGUCGGAAUCAUAGUAACUAUAAUGGGAAAAGGUUUAACUCCAACUCGUUUAGGGGUAAAGAACAUUUGGGUCGUUCUGAUCGUGGAUUGGUGGAGAGGCAAAGAGAGAGAACUCCAGUCGAUCUUGAUGUUUCAUUUGAAUCGAAUCUUCUGGUAGCUAAGCCUAUAGCAUCACCUGCCAGUGCAGGCAUCCACCCAAGCCGGUCUGUGACACCUCGGUCUAUUAAAGCUAGAAGAGCAUUGGUGCCUGAUAAAAGUGAGAACCCUUCUGUAACUGAAGGAAAUGGAAAGAGAACACUAUUUUCAGAUGAGGCGUCGGUUUCUGAAGGCUCCAGACCAUCGAAAAGGCAAAAUAUUUCAUUUGUAAUUGAAAAGAAACCUGAUAAUCACUCAACUCACUCUUCCAGCGAUGCUGAGGGUAUGAACAACGUCAGCUUUGUUGAUGGUAUCGUUCAGGAUUGUAAAGUUAAAAUCACUGAUAGAGGUCCUGAAGCUUUAACUCGUGAUAGUGAAGCAAAAAUUCGUAGUACUGUAGAUGCUGCAGAAAAGAUCUCUAGUUUUUGUGAGGCUUUGAAAGAGACCAAUGAUGACUCUAAUGUCGAACAUGAUAGCAAUAUGGGGGCUUGCUCCACUCAAAAAGAUGUUAUUGAUGGAGACAAAAGUAUGUUGAAGUCUCAAGAUGUGCUGGACAGAACUGGUUGUAAUGCUGGUGAAGCUCUUCCGCUGAAGGUCAUGGAGAUGGAAGACAUUGUGAAGGCGAGUACCAAUAGGUCUCCUACACAAUUACUUCUACCAUUGUCAACAGCCGCUGAUAUCUCUGAGUAUUCUGAAGCAGUAAUUCAUUUUGUUCGUAAGUCCAUGUGUAGUGUUGAAUCACAUCCUUGCGAAGAUGUGGAUAUGGAUUGUUCACCAUCAAGGAAUGCACCAAUGGAGGAGGUAAAUACAGGGUUUGAAGAAAGGACAUUCAUUGGCUCAUCAGUUGGAUCUUUAAGCUAUGUGGAUAAAGAUUUGGAGAAGUCAUCUCGAGACGCAUCCAUCUAUUUUAAUAGUGAAAACCCUGGUGAUCAGGCGACGGCGAAGUUAGAUAUUGGUGGUAUUGAGGAUGGCAGCGAUGGGAUUAAUAAGAAUGUAGAUUCCUUGUCUCCUGAAAAUGACUGCCGUAGGGGUCUAGUUUCCUCUGAAAUUCCUAGUGUUUCUACAGAGCUUGCUAAUGCAAAUAAUAGUAUUUCAGGGGAUCUUGCUAAAGCUCACAGUUCUACCAUUGGUCCAUGUGCCAAUACCAUAGUCGACUCACCUGAUAUGAGUGAAAGUAAAAAUCUUACUCAUUGUGAAAACACGGUCAACCCAUCAGUUGAGAAUGGUAGCAGAAAAGAAUCCAUGGAAACUACGCCUCUCAGUAGUAUUGCAGAAACGGCUGAUAAUCUGAACAGCGAUGACGGUAAAGAAGCCUGGGUAAAAGGUAUUUCUUCAUCUCUUUGGAAGGUCGAUGUAAAGGGAUCAUUAACUGCGUUGCCUGAGGAGAGUACUGAUGGCUAUUCACGUAUUGAUGAAUCAGAUUUAGCUAUGUCAGUGAGUAUGGAAAAUGUAAGUGCCGAGAGACUUCCGCCUGAUGAAGGCCUUGGUUUAGCAUCUCAUCAUCCUGCAGAAAAUCCUUCUGUUGAUCAGUUAGGUGGUUCAAAUAUUAGAAGAUUGAAAGCUUGUUUACCGGUGCCAAAUGUUUCUCCAAACAAAGAUACCACUGAUGGUUCAAGCGAGGGGCUUGUUCAGCUAGACGUUAGCCAAAAUGAUUCUACUUUUUGUGGUAAUUUACCUAGCUCGCCUGCAUUGGUAAUUGAAACAAACCCUGCAGUUGGAAUUAAUGGCAUGUCUGCUAAUGAAACUGUUACUAGUGUUGAAUCUGGUUCGCACGAAAGUCAACCAUGUUCAACUGUAGGCAAGUUCUUGCCUGAAGAUCGUCGUGGAUGUGGAUCAUCUGGUGCAUUUGGUUCUGUCGGGAUUCUCGCUGUGAAGAAAAAUCUGGAAGAGGAUCCUUCAAGGGUUAGUGCUUGCUUAGUAUCAGAUAAUUCUGUUAGUCAAUGUCAUGUUUCUCCCUUGAUGGCAAUGAAUGAGCAGAUACAAAACAAAGAAUCUAUUCAAACUAACUACAGUGAAUCUCAAGGUGGCAUCAUGCAUGAGGAAAAUUAUUUUGCUGAGAACAUUGCUAUAGAUACUAAAGAAGGGAAAACAAACCCUUCUGGUGGAACUUCGAAUUGCAGAGCUCCGGGAACUGAUAUUGUUGCUGUAACUGGGGAUUCAAUGUUUUCAUGUAAUUCUUUAUCCAGCUCACCGGGGCAGAGCUUGGGGCAGAUACCGAGUGAAAUUCAUGUUGCUGCUACAGUUGAUGAAACUUACAAAGAUAAACAGGAAGCCAAGCAUUCUGGUGGUACCAGUGAGUACAGAACUCAAGGAGCUGAUAUUGUUUCUUUUAGUGGGGAUUCAGUUCAGUUUGAUUCUCCAUCCCACUCUCCAAAGCUGUACAGACAGAUACAGAGUGAAACUCAUGUUGCUUCGAUGGUUGAUGACUCUAACAACUAUAAAGAGAAAGCAAAGCCAUCCGAUGGAACCACCAAGUACAGAACUCCGGAAGCUGAUGAAACAUCUGAUGUUGGCGGUCAAAAGAACUGCUCACGGAACAGUAUCAAAACUGAAAUAUUUGAUGGUGAAGCAUUGUCAGCUGAUGGAAAAGUUUCUGGAACUGAAAUUCUUGGUGAUUCAGAUGUUCAUCUGUCAAGAUCGCACUCACAUGCAGAUGUUAAAUUUGCAUUGACCCGUGUUAACGGUCAUGUAAAAUCUGUGCCAGAUCGGGAUCCCCAAAAUAAGACAUCUUUGAGCUCUAGGUAUGAAUUAGAAAAGAGGAAAAAGAAAUCCAGUUACUCUACUCAGAAAAGUUAUCCCCAUUCCCUGCCUUUUGUGUCUGACACUAAGAAAAAUGCUAACCCUCCCAAUAAGCAUCACACUUGGCAUCGAAAGCCCAGUCCUGCUGCCUCUUCUUUUGUUGCCGCCAAGCCUUUGGCGUCUACUUUGUCUACACAACAGAAGUUUCCCAUAGUGACUGCCCAAUCUAGUAAUAGUUAUGUACGUAAAGGGAAUAGCCUUCUUCGAAAACCCCCGUCUCCUGGUGUUACCCUUGGACUUCCUUUAUCUGCUAUCCAGUUAAACCGUAUAGAAAACAAAAGCACAGGAUCUGCCAGUAGGGUUGAUGUAGGUAAUGCUUCUUUUCUUGUUAAAGCAGGAGUACUACCCACUCUUGAGAAGCAGUCAAAGCCUCCCUCAGACAGCAGCACCUCCAAAGUAUCAAAUGCCAUUGUUGCUCCUUCAGGAAAAUGUGCGUUAUCUUACAGCAUGGAUCACCUCACCACUGGUUUACCUGAGUCUAUCAUGGAUUCUGCUACAUCUGGAGAAGCUACUGUUUCGCAUUCUGGUGGAGAUACAUCCAAGACAUCUGACACACCGAUUCAGACAGAUUAUGCCUCAGAUUGCCAGCAAAAGAAAAUUCCUCCUAAAUUGGAUUCUUCAGAUUUGAAGAGAACGGUAUAUGUCAAAAGGAAGGCAAAUCAGUUGGUUGCAGCUUCAGAUAUUCAUGGUACAAGUAGGAGCCAGAUUCCUACCUCUGAUGCCUACUUCAAGCGAAGUAAAAAUCAGCUAGUAAGGACUUCCGAAAGCCGUGUCAAUCACUCACCUGAUGAUCCAUUAGUAUCACGAGCAUCUGAUACCACGGUUUCGGAAAGACCAUCUACCUCAGCAUUCUCCGACUCUGCUGUCACGAGACCAUAUAAGCGGUCAAAAUUUUCUCUGGUUUGGACGCAAAAUGAUCCACAGUCAGGGUUGCACUCAAGUCACAUGCGCUAUCGGAGGAUCUUGCCACAACUUGUUCCUUGGAAAAGAGUGACAUACUGGAGAAGAUUAAUGAAUUCAGUCUCCGCUUUGCGAAAUGGUUCCUUUUCCAACAUCAGCCAAAAGGUGUCAACGAUGAGGAAGAGACAUACUGUGUACACAAGAUCAACUAACGGGUAUUCACUUAGAAAAUCAAAGGUCUUAAGUAUUGGUGGGUCGCAUUUAAAAUGGUCCAAGUCCAUUGAGAGAGACUCGAGAAAAGCUAAUGAGGAAGCCACUUUGGCUGUGGCUGCAUUUUCAAAGAAAGAAAAUGAAAAGCAUUCUGGACAAAGUAGUACUAGGAAGACGAGCAGAAACCAUCUGGCACGGGAGCGCAUUUUCAGGUUUGGUUCCCUUCGCUAUAAAAUGGACUCUUCAAGGCGAACUCUUCAGAGAAUAUCUGAUGAAGAUUCACCGUGCUCUGGACCUACUGAAAAUGGGAAAGGCGCAAAAAGACCGUUCAUCCCAAAGAGAUUGGUGAUAGGCUAUGAAGAAUAUGUUCGUGUGGGAAACGGUAACCAGCUUGUCAGAGAUCCAAAGAAACGAACCCGCGCGUUAGCAAAUGAGAAGGUCAGAUGGAGCCUGCACAAUGUCCGGUUGCGGCUGGCUAAGAAGAAGAAGAAGUACUGCCAGUUCUUCACAAGAUUCGGGAAAUGCAACAAAGAUGACGGAAAAUGUCCCUAUGUUCACGACCCCUCGAAAGUUGCAGUUUGCACCAAAUUUUUGAAUGGAUUGUGUGCGAAUGAAAAUUGCAAAUUGACUCACAAGGUCAUUCCCGAAAGAAUGCCUGAUUGUUCUUAUUUUCUGCAAGGCCUAUGCAACAAUGAGGCGUGUCCAUAUAGGCAUGUGCAUGUCAACCCGAGUGCUGCUAUAUGUGAUGGGUUUUUGAAGGGAUACUGUUCAGACGGAGACGAGUGUCGGAAGAAGCAUUCCUACACCUGCCCAGAUUUCGAAGCCACUGGAUCAUGCUCUCAAGGAUCGAAAUGCAAGCUCCACCACCCAAAGAACCAAGGCAAAGGAAGAAAGAGGAAAAGACCUAGCGAGCCAUCGGAGAAAAAUGCCCGUGGGCGUUACUUUGGCUCACUUCAGAAACUCUUUUCCGAGUCUGAGCCAAUGGUAGUGGAAAGACGUCCUGCUGAGAGUGAGCAUUUUGGAACAGAAGGCCUCGAGUUUAUAUCCCUUGGCGCUACCGAGUAUGAAGCCGGUGAUAACACUGAUCAAGCCACCGAGCAAUCUAUCUCCAGUGAGAGUGAAGAACGUGCUUCGAUAUACGAUCUAAUCAGACCAGUAGCUUUGAUGCGGUAAGAAACAGGUAUCAGUUUUUUGUUUGGUCGGAACACAAAGGUAAGCUUUCGUUGUUUGAAAGACAAACUACAGUCUUCUGAUACUUUUUGUUUGUAUUUUAGUUAGGUAGCUUUUUGUUCUUUUCUAGAUAUACUAUACUUUAUACGGAGAAGAAUUGUAUAUAUAUUUCUGUAACUGAUCCAAAAAUUGGAAUACAUUUGUUUUCGGUGUUCUC